AUGAUAUUGCACGUCUCUUGUUUGAUGUAUCAGGGAGAGUUGCUGGCGCUGACCCUAAUCCUCACCUCAAGGGAUCCUUACGUGAUAGGAAAACCUGUCACCGUCCCUCGGAAAAUAGUAGCCCACCCAUCUAUCCUCUCCUGCAAAAUUCAGCACGUAUCCCAUACCAUACAUUCCGCUCACCCACUUUUUACAAUCUCAUCUACAAAGACUCCUUAG